AUGCCGGACAUAAUUUCCUUCUCGUUUGCGUCAGAUUUUGACAUGAAACAAGGCAAAGGGUCGAAGCCUCUGAGAACAAGACUCAAUACAGCUUUCAGAUACUACAAGAGCAGGCUGGUUGCGGGCGAUAUAAGGGCCCUCUCUCAGCUUGUAGUAAUAGUGGUUGUAUUCAUUUUAUUGUUCUGGGGGUUGGCUGCGAAGCAGAGCCCUUCGUCUGGGAAGGUGAAGAAGACGGUCAGGAGAAACUUUUUCGAUACAGCCAACAGCCAAUAUCAUCAAGUCUUGAAUGAUCAGAUCAAACCAAAUACCGAGUCUGUAGCAGGUUUUGGUUUUGGGAUGGCGGAUUAUAGGAAAUUGCAUAAGAAGCCCGGUACACCUCCUACCCCUGAGGUUCCAGGUGUGUAUUGUGAGUUGGAGCAGGAUUCGGUUGAUCUUGCUAAGAGGUCAUCAUCGGCGUUUCCCUCGCUGAAUAUGGGCAAAGAAAGGAAGGUUUACAUCAUAUUGGGAAAAAAUUAUGAAACCGGGAUCAAAAACUCAAAGUCCAAGGAGUCCUGGAUCAUCGAGAAGUUCUCCAUCAUAAACAAAAAGCACUAUGCCGAGAAGCAUGGGUACGAACUCACGAUAACCAGCAGCAUGUACGACAAAGACGGUAAGUCGCUGAAGAAUCAUGCUUUGCACCAGAAGAAGUAUCAGCAUGAAUUCAGGGAAGGCUGGGAGAAAUUUGAUCUGUUGAGAAAGGUGAUGAGGGUCUACAGUGACCAGCCUGAAGAUACGAGCGACUCUGGAAUCGAGGAAUGGUAUUGGUACGUUGACAUGUACACGUUGAUCAUGGAGCCUCAAGUGUCACUUGACGAUCUUAUUUUCAACCAAUUGGACUUAAUGUACAGAAACAUGGAGUACUUCAACCCCAACAACCUUCUGGUUGAUGAAGAGCCAUCCUCCCACAGCUUACGAUAUGAACCCAAAAACGAUGAGGAUGCUCACUCGAUUGACCUCAUUCUGACCCAGGAUUGCGGUGGUAUCAAUUUGAACUCUUUUCUGAUUAAAAAGUCGCAGUGGUCGAAUCUUUUGCUCGAUCUUCUGUGGGAUCCCGUCUUCUACAAACAGAUGCAUGUCAAGUGGAUCAACAGUGGCCACCGUAAGAAGUAUGGCUUCAGCUUAAACAGCAACGAAUACAACAGCAAUGGAUACAACAACGACGAGGAGGAGAAGAACUGUCUAGAAUACUUUUACACCACACAGACGUGGUUCAGGUCCAAGAUCGGCUUCAUGCCUAUCAGAGCAUUCAACUCGCUCUCCGAAGACUUUUGCAUGGACAUCGACGAUGAUGAAGAGUUGGAAGCACUCAUGAAAGCUUCCGGGCAGUCAUCACAGUUAGGCGAGCAGGGCAAAUCAUCCAAGCUCACCACACAGUAUUUGAACAACAAGAAGAAUUUCCACUAUAACGAGACAGACCGCGAUUUCCUGAUCAACUUCAUGAACUGUGAGAAGCAUCAAAGCUGCUGGGACAGAUUUCAGCAGUUCAGCACCAUUUACGAAGAUCUACAUAAGAGUUGGUACCACAGACUGUUCUGA